UAUACACUGUGACGGUUUUCAGGCAUAUUAUGUUUUUUCAACAUGACUGCAUUUAUGUACCGUUUUGUUCAUUAAUUUUUCCUACAGUCACAAAGCAUUUGUUAAAUAUGUUGAAGUGUAGUGUGAAGUUUAAACAAACGGCUGUUUGUUUAGGAUAUAUGUACUGUAAUGUUUGGGCGAUAAGUCAUUCAGUAUUCCUGAUAACGGCCUCUGUAAUUUAAAGUUAGGCUUAUAGGUACAACAUACGCUCGGAGUUUACCAACACCUUCACAUGUAACAUUUUUUUAAUUGAAGGAUACCAAUCCAGUUGAAUCAGAAGUUGGAAAUGAAGGUGUUCAUAGACAUCCUUCGAAAGCUAAUGAAAUGUCGAGAAGUAUUUGGUUUAAUCUGGAUAGUACUUGCAAAGGAUGAGUAGCACAUAGUACACACUCGUGAUUUGGUGCAAGUGAGCAACCAAACGUCUUCAGCUAAGAUAUGUUCAGUAAAACCAACUAGGUCAGCAUCAAUGUCAAAGAUUUACAGAACUAUAUAUCUUAGGAAUUUAUUUGCUACCAUAGGUCCUGACUGGUUAUAACAGUAAAACUUAAUUACCUUUGGUCAAAGUUCUUUUAAGGGAUCCAGAAGGAAAGUUUUGGCCGAUAUCUAUCUUCUGCUAAUCUGUCAUCCAACACCAUGUGAACAGGUAGCUUUUCUAUCCUUACCAAAAUAAUAGGCCUUAAGUGUUCAGUUUGCCAUGAUGAUGUGGAGCAGGUAAUAAGUACAGUAAAAAGUAAGAGCCAGAGAAGUGUAGUUAUCAUAUACACUGAUAUUUAAAUACCGCUUCAAAAAACAUUCAUAAUUAACUGCCACACUUACGUAACAACAAAAUUGUUAAUUUUAUCUGUCUGAACAAUAUCCAACGUUAUUUAAGUACUAUAAUUUCCACUUUGUUUAUAAACCAAUUGGCGUAAUACAAACAUUUUUAUAAGUUUAUUUUACAGAAAUGCAGCCAAAUGUUCGCACGUCUUAUGAUGUCUGUAUUCUACCGAUUCCUCGUCAAAUUCAGUGCACGCUUUAUUUGAACGAACUUGGAAUAUGUGUCGUACCAAAGCACUCUACUUUGCCCAACAAAAUGCAUAUUCACAAGAACCUCGUAAUUGGGUGCAAGAAAGAAAUUAUAUUAAGAAGUAAGAAGAAGCAAAAUACAUGUCUAAAAAUGAGUUAUUAUAAAACAAAAAAAGUGUACGAAAAGAAAAAAAAAUUACAAAUACUUGAAGAAACAAGUCUUAGUAUACUUUUUUCAUCUGAUCAAGAGGCCUCCGAAUGCAUGAAAGCAAUGGAAUUUUUCUUCAAAAGUGCAAACUCAGAUGACGCUAAACCUUAUUUAGUUUUAAUAAAUCCUAAAAGUGGAUCAGGGAAUGCUCUAAAUGGUUUUAACUUCGAAAUUUCUCCCAUUUGGAAACAAAUGAAUGUUCCAUAUGAAUUAUUUUGUACAGAAUAUUCAGGCCAUGCAGAAAAUUUUAUCAAAAAUUUACCAAAAGCUAAUCUUUUACGUUAUCGUGCAAUAGUUACGUGUUCAGGUGAUGGACUAGUGUAUGAAGUAAUUAACGGAUUCAUAUCAAGAAAAAAUUAUGAUGUGGUCAUUGAUGAGAAUACAAUACCUGUUGGGAUUCUACCAGGAGGUAGUGCUAAUUCAACUGCCGCUUCAAUUUGUUAUCAUUCUGGUCUACUAGGCAAAUCAUCACUUUUAUCACACUGUGGCUUUCUGUUAACAUUACCAAUUGAAAAUUUACAAAAUAACCAAUCUAAAGAAGUUAACGAGCAAAGUGAAAAUUACAGUUUUACUUUACCACUUUUACCGUGUAUCAGUCCUAUGAGUGGUAUACACUUUGGAACAUGUGACAGAAAUUUUCAUCGAUAUGGUAUUCAAAGUAUUGAAUGGGGUUUCAUUGCUGAUUUGGACUACAAAAGUGAACGACUUCGUUGGAUGGGUGAAAAAAGAUUUCUACUUUAUGCAUGUUACUACCUUAUGAAGAAACCAAUAUAUCGUGCUAAAUUAUCAUACUUACCGUUUGAUAAUGUACUAUAUCAAAAAAAUAAGUAUAAAAAUGAUGAACCGGUUGAAAAAUCUUCUGUACCACCAACGGCAUGUGAAAAUCCAAGUGAUUUUAAAGAUAAAUUAAACGUAUCUCCUACACAGAUCAAAAAGUCUUGUCAAUCCUGGUCAUUUCUACCAGAAACUAACCAACCUAUUUCUAAUCACCAAGAUAAAUGGGUCACUUUAGACAAAAAGUUCGUUACAAUAUUAGUAACAAAUCACUCUCAUAUAACAUCUAGUACUGUAAUGUAUCCGGAUGCUCAUAUCAGUGACCCAUAUUUAACUUUAUUAAUUCUUCAUGAAAACACAACAAGAUUUGAUUUGUUAGCUUUGGGACGAGCAAUUUCAAAUGGUCAAGGCCUACAAUCAACAUCAAACAUGGAUAUUGUAAAAAUUUGUGCUCUACGAAUAGAACCACAUUCUAAAGAUUCAGUCAUCACAAUGUUGGACGGAGAGCUCAUGCCUUCAGGCACAUUUCAAGCGGAAGUUAUCCCAGGAAUUUUAAAUAUUAUUUCAGGUACCAAAGUUGUAUGAACUCCAUAUUAUUUCAGAAUUUGAUUUUAAUUGUUUGAAACGAAUCAGAACUUAAUCAACGACUUAUUUUUCUUUUCUAAUUGAAACAAGACAAAACAAAUAUAUUUUUUCUAUUAACUUUAUAAGUUUUUUUCACGGUAUUGAAUAUUGUUCAUUACAAUGUUGAUGUUGUUUUAAUUGUUCUUUUUUUCUAUCAAUGUUGGGCAGAGAUUUGAAGUUUCUCUAUUUUAAUUUAUUUUAAUUAAUUAAAACAAAAUAAUAGAAAAUUGAUUUUUUUUAGUUUUGUUUUUCUUAUGACUAUUACAAAUUUCGUUUUUCUUUUUUUUGUUUUCUUUUGUAAAAAUUAUUAUUUAUUUGUAAAUUAAUAUUUUGAAGAUAUUUACUGAUAUUUACUACUUAUUUAUCAUAAGUAAUUUAAAGUUUGAAAAAAUAGUUCUAAAAAUGUUUAAGAGUUCAAUAUAAAAAAAGACACAGGAUUGACAACUGAUUGAUUUUCAAUUAUUGAUUAAUAUUCUAUUUGUUUAAUCGUUUGAUUUUGAUUGACUUCUAUCAAAUAAAUUGUAAUAUAAUCACAGGCUCAAUUGACUCUAGUUUAUAAUAUGAUCGAUAUAGCUAGAUGAAAAACAAAUGAUAAAAUGAAUAUACUGUUGCUUAAUUAAUUUUUAAUUUCUCAGAAAUACAAGAGAUCGGUUAUUCCAUGAAUGUCCUAUACUAUGCAGAUGGGUGAACUAGGUUAAAAUCUCAUAGAAAACAAAAAUUCAUUCAAGAUUAUAAGGAUGCCUUGUUAUGGAGUGCCAACGAGUAUAAAACACCUCGAAAUGCCCGAUGUAUAUAUUUGAUUUGAUGAAAAUGUCAUGUACAUAACUGAUAAUAGUAUUUCUAUUUCUCAACUGAAAAUUUCAAUCUAUUGCAAAUUCGACGUUACUUGUAUUGUAGGGCAUUUAUAUUAUGAUGGUCAAUGAUUAUAAAAAUAAUAGGUUCCGAUCGAAUCGAACUAAAUCGAUUUCGGAAAGUAUAGUAAAUAAUUAGAUUGAUUAAAAGCAAUAUUAUCAAGACACACCCACUUUUU